AUGCUGGGCCCGGAGAUCGCCAACUUGCUUCAGUUCUUCUAUCCCAUCGGCAACACACCUGCUGUCUCCUUGACUCAAGGUCUUCCACCGGAAGAAAAUGCCAUUAUUCUGCUUCUCGGAUGCGGGGAUGUUCGUCAUAUUCUUUUCACGAUACAUAUGGAGCAACAGACUUUCAACCCUCGUCCUUUAGACGUCACCUGCUGCGAUGUAGACCCAGCUGAGAGAUCUCCCACAGCUCGAAACAUCCUAUUGCUAUCGCUGGUUCUGGAUGAUAUCGAUGGCAUCAACGAACAAUUGAUUUGGAAUCUAUUCUAUCAUGGUCGAAUCGAUAAACGUUCUCUUAAGUUAUUACAAAUACAGGCAACCAAGCUUUUGUCCCUGUCAACGUCGCCACAAGCAUGGCAGCAGAGUCAGUAUGGCCGACUGAUUAGGACAUGCGAUCGUGUCUCGAUGGAACGGAUCCGUGACAUGUGGCGUUUCUAUGGCGAAAGGAGAGAAGGAGAUGAUCUUCGACGCUUCAGGAAGAAGCUAGAUAAUGGAUUGCGAAGUGCCCAAAGGUUUCAAAAGUCGGUUGUUGGUGACAUCAACGUGAUAACAGGAAUCCGAGCUGCUGCGCCUGCAUGCCUGGAUGCUAUCCGUGAUGUCAGAAAACUGUACAGGAACUAUUGGACUUUCGGUAUUAUCGAGACUGAUCGAAGAGCCCGGUCCCUUGCCGUCUAUUCCAAUCCCAUGUUUGCGCACAAGUAUGGAAACAUGCUUUUGCAUUAUGGCACCGACCCGCUUCUUAGCUUCCACAUCGGCUCAUGCUAUGCCCCGAUUGACCCAAGGUCGCCCUACUCGCGCUCUUCUUCCGAGAAGCCUGGGUUGCACGAAAUUGUCAACGCCGCCAAGACAGAGUUCGGUGCCUGGAUGAUGUCGUUCAGAGUACAUUUCAUGGCGGACUUGAUUACGCUGCGGUUCUUUGUAGGAGAUGCGGUGGCUUUUGCAUACGCUCUCCAGCAGAUGCGUACCGCCGGUCCCUCAAAGCCUUCACAUUGGUACCGUGAUCGAUACCAUUUCGACCCACUGAUCUUGGAUGAUGAACACUAUUCGGACGGCUCGGCGCCCCUCGUGUUUGAUAUCAUUGAUACCUCUAAUCUUAUCGAUCAUCUGGGUGCCUUGAAUGUGUUCACUGCCACUUCGCCGCUUCUGCGUAAUACCUUCUCGGCCACCCUUUACUCAGAUAAGCUCGUGCGGACCCAGGAGACUCAGAUGUCCCUUCUUGAAACUCUCCUGUGUGGAGAAAUGACGACAGUUACUUCUCUUCUCGGCUUGGUUCCCAUGGAAGUGGCAAGUAACACUGCAUUAACCUCUGCGUCGGAUGAAGCAUUAUGUCAAGACUUGUCGGCGCCCUCAUCGAAGGCUAAACAGGUGUUCGUGAGAAUUGGGUGGAAGAGACCACUGAAACCAGAUGACGCGCCUGUUAAAGCAUUGGACCUCAUUCACUUUGACUCCACCGGGCUAGCACGGGUUCUCUAUCAUGUUUUCUUGAAAAUGUUCGCCGAUGAAGAUAUUUCUAACGUGUUUGCCGGAAUUGAAAGCGCACAAAUGUCAUCUCUGCCAGCUUACAACCGGGCAAGCUUUGUCGCUUUUCUUUGCCUUGUCAAAACACGGACCAGGACGGACUGGAACACUACGAUGAUAGAAUUGCUUGGGCUCAUAUAUCAAGAUACCAGUCUUGCAUUGUCCAAUGACUACAUGCAAGAGCUGAAUCUCUGGUUCCAUCUGAAGGGUCUUUACUCUUUCGAUAUUUUAGAACAUUCACCAACCAGCUUGAUUUCUAUUCCACACACAGGCACCUUACAGGGCUGGCAGAACAUGCCGCCUGUAGUGAGUGUCACCCUUCGGAUUCCUCGAAACAAACUAGAGCUUUUCAUUACUGAAGCCACCAAGGCUGGUUUGACGCCUCCACUCCAUGCUAUCUUGCAAUCUCCUCCUCAAACAGCCAACCAGUGGCAAAACAUGUUCGCGGAAACUCAGAUUGGAUUUGGUAACGUUCGAACCAAAGGAUCCAGGUACAGCAACUCAUUCGAGGUGGAAAUUGAUCAAGACGAACUGGGAUGGAAGGGAAAAUCCCCAAUGCUUCUUUCUUUCUAUGUGCCAAGCUUGAUUUUACUCCAAGAACCGCAUGCCACUACUGUAUCGUUGGCUAUCGCGUAUUCCCCCACAACAAUUCGCGUAUUUGCGAAUAGCUUAGGACGCUAUCUGAGUAUCUUCACUGCGAAACAAGAGGAUGCUGAAUUUGUCUAUGUUACCAAGCACCACCCACAUCAGAGUGAUGUUAUGUCAAUCUGUGGCUUUAAUUUAGUGGACAUCAAGGAUGAGCUCGAUCCCGAAGGGAACUCAGAAACAACCAUCACCGCCACCGUGAACGAGCAAAACGGACAAAUUUCAUCAUUCACGAGUCAUAUCCAAAUUCUAUCUGAGCAAUGGAAAGAUCUACUCAUGGAUGGCAGCACGAUCAAGCAAUCUUCGCGUUCGCCGUUCAAUUAUGCUUUAUCUCUUGAAAAGGGACCAAGCUUCAAAGCUAACUUCCCUACUCCUGUCUUGGACUCUACCGCGAGAGUGAGAAUUGCUCGCAAGUCAUCCUACCUUGAGCUCAUCGCAGAUGUUGCUAAGUCCACUGACUGGUCAACCCUGCCGUCCUUCAUGUAUCCAGUGUUCUUGGAUUCGGGAUCACCCGCUCUAUGGAAUAUGUCGCACCUCAAUCUCUCAUCGUUUCCUACGAUAGACCUUUCCAAUCCUUCCUCUAAGCGCCUAAGCUGGUUACCGGUCCAUCUCCCAACGAUGUGGUCCGCACAUGAGAGUGCCCUGAGGUUCAAACCUUCCUUGCCGGCUUCCCCGAAAGUUCGGGCCAGAAUGGCCUUUAAGAACGGCCUAUUCCACAUCUUCAUACACUUUAGUGGAAUAUUAGGCCCCCGGUCGACUGUCUUCGCUAUUGACUGCCACGAAGAAAAGGGCGUGCAUAUGCUUGUUUUCGUGUCCACGAUGUUACUCGAACUCUCCAAUCGUACUGUUGUUCUUGAUGCUGCAGUUCUCCCUCUUCGCACUCAUCUCAUGCCAAAAAUUGUCCCUGCGCUCACAGCAAUGAUGAACAGCAGCCAUUCGCCUAAAUCCAUCCGCACCUCCAAAGACGAGCUUUAUCUUUGGACGGAAGCUCUCCCUGCCUGGACUGAGCGAUGCCGAUCAUGGCAACACAAGCCCAGUUGCGAGUACAUUGCUACGGAAAAGAUCCCACUCUCAACUGACUUCGGUGAAAAGGUUCUUUGCUCGUGCGGAGAGGGCAUACUACCAACUGAUUUCAUGCCCAAUUUUCCUGGCUGGAAAGAGCUUGCUGAACACUCUGUCCAAAUGGCCAUUUCUCCACCAUUUCCAUCAGCACUUGUUGAAAAGCCUGUCAAUCUAUCUUCGCUUGCAUAG